AAUCACUGAAUCUCCCUAGGGAGAACUGGGUUCAAAUCCUUGACCCUGCCACCCUCUGGCCUCUGCUUUUCAAAGUGGCUCUCCUAGGACUAGAGGCCACGGAGGGAAUGGCUGUGUGGGAGCCACCUUUCCUCUGGCCCCUGGCACAGACCAUCAGGAAGGAGCCACAAGAAACCUUGUUUCUGACCCCGGCUGCCCAGCCUGUGUGUGAGGCAAAGCAAGGGCCUCUCCUCUGGGGUGAUGCAGGCCUGUGCCGUGACCAGCCCCAACUUACCCUCAACUGGCCCCUGUCUGCAGUGGAGGCCCUCCACCAUCCACAGCAGCUGUGUGUUUGGGGAGGGCGCAACUCCCCUCAGAUGGGACAGGGAGAGGAGGAUAGCUUCAAGGAGGGCAAGAGCAGUGGGGGUGGGGGCACCCAGGCCAGCUGGCCUUUCGGACAGCUCCUACAUAAAUCACGGCAAGAAUCCGGGCCAGGCUGGAGCCACUGACAUUUCUCAGAUACGCAUGGUACUCACCAUGUGCUGCAUGCCUUUGAAAUACCUCCUCAACAGUAGGGCAAGGCCUGGGGACAGGUGGAGAGGGCAGGGAGCUCUGAGGAGCUGUGCUCCUGGAAAUGGGGCACAAUGCUCCACAGCAGGGGGCAGAGGAGGGGGGAGUAGUUGGUUGAGAGCCCCAGGGUUCAAGCCCCAGGCCUGCAGUUACUAGCUGUGGACCCUGGGCAAGUCUCUUCCUUCUGCCUCAGCUUCUCCAUCUGUAAUCGAGAGUAAUAGCCCCACCCCUGAAGGUUGCCACGAGGCAGGACUUAGAACAGCACCUGACACUGAAUAAACCCUCUCCUGGCAUCCCCCUGCAGAGGGGGUGAGAUUUUGCUGGAAUCCUGGUCAUAGAAAGGCUGGAUGCUAUGACCUUUGAGAGCACCUGCCCAGGCAGCUGAGAUUCCACAGGUCCUGUGCAAACAGUUGAGGGAUGCGAGCUGGCUCCCCCCAGCACUGCCCAGGGCACCCUAACCCAUGUGGAUGAGGGAGGGUGGCACCAGCUAGUGGCUCCCUCCCUGGAUUUCUCCCAAAUCCGACAGGGUCAAAGCAAAACACAGUGCAACCUCACCCGUCACCGCGGGGUUAAUGGCUUUUUCAUGAGCUCCAGUUUGGAGCAAACUAGCUCCAGACAGUUUAUUUAUAGGCCUUUCAGUAGCAUCAGCCUAUGCCUGGUUACUGAUCAACCUGCUGCUCCCCUCGUUUGCUCCUUACACCCCCACCUCUGCCCCACCUGCCCAGUCCUGCAGCCUCAUGGGUCACUUACUAUAGUUGUUAUUACCAGGUCCUGCCUUCUAAAUUGUUUGCACUUCCUCAUCCGUAAUUACAGAACCGUAAUCACCAUCUUCCUGAACAGAAAUCACCAUCUUCCAGAACAGAAACCUGAGGCCCAGAGAAGGCAAGAGACUGUGCUGUGAGCCCAGGGCCUUCCCUGGCUCACUCUGUAGUUUGGAGAUCCAGCUCCCUAAGUAUAAAAUGGGAAUGUUGGCACAAGGGAUUCUAAAGGCACAAAAUGCUAUGAAGGAGGGAGGAGGGGACAUUGGCUUAAGCCUGACCAAGAACGGCAAGUUUCUGGUCCUUGGGGUCUCAGCAGGAAAGGGAUAGGGUCAGCCCCUAGCUGAAAACUCCUGCCAGGCCUCAGAGCAUCUCUGGUUGGAAGAAAGGAGAAGCUGAGGUCUGCAGUAGAGCGCCGGGUGGGGGAUGGCUCCUGCUGAGUGCGACCCGCACCUCCCCAAACCCCAAACUUGCAGCUCCAUCCCAACUCCAGCCCUGAGAGUGGCGCCCUCUGGCGGCCGGAGCGUGCGCCGCCAACCUUGGUGCUAACAGUCAGAAACAAGCACCGACCUGGAAUGCGAAGGCGGCUGGCGCUGGGGGUUGUUUUCAGGACUGAAAGAGAUAUGGUACCCAAAGCCCUCACACGGUGCCUAGCACCUUAUAAGCACCUGCUAUUACGCGGGUGUUAUUCUCAGGGGAAACUGAGGCCCAAAGAAAGUGAGCAUAUGUAUGUGCGUGUGCUUGUGUGUUACGGGUGGGGUCCUUGCCCAAAGUCACAGAGGGUCAGAGGCACAGCCCAGACUACAGCCCCAAUGCCCUUGCUGACCCCGUUGCAGUAGAAAAGCGCGGAGUCCGCGCGCCCUUAGCCCCAGCCGCACCCCAGACAGAGUUUCCUUACGGCGCCCAGCGGGCAGUGGUUCGUGGAGGUCCGGGGGAGGGAGCGGCGGGGGCCCGCGGGGCGUGACGCACCGAGGCUGGGAGGGUGUGGGGCGGGGCAGCCACACAGGCUGUAUAUAAAGGCAUCCACUGGACGCCGAGAGUCAGAGCAAGCGACUUUGUACUAGAGCCUGAGAUCUAGCUAGAGCCAAGCCCGAACCCAGCCGAAGCCCGAGCAGAGUCUCCCGGCCACCGUCUGCGCUUCUCUCGGCCCUGUGCCUGCCCCCGCGGCCCCUCGCCCAAUGAAACUAGCCGCGAUGAUCAAGAAGAUGUGCCCGAGCGACUCGGAGCUGAGUAUACCCGCCAAGAAUUGCUACCGCAUGGUCAUCCUCGGCUCAUCUAAGGUGGGCAAAUCGGCCAUUGUGUCGCGAUUCCUUACGGGCCGCUUCGAGGACGCCUACACGCCCACUAUCGAGGACUUCCACCGCAAGUUCUACUCUAUCCGCGGCGAGGUUUACCAGCUCGACAUCCUCGACACGUCCGGCAACCACCCAUUCCCCGCCAUGAGGCGCCUCUCCAUCCUCACUGGAGACGUUUUCAUCCUGGUGUUCAGCCUGGACAACCGCGACUCUUUCGAGGAGGUGCAGAGGCUUAAGCAACAGAUCCUCGACACCAAGUCUUGCCUCAAGAACAAAACCAAGGAGAACGUGGACGUGCCCCUGGUCAUCUGCGGCAAUAAGGGUGACCGGGACUUCUACCGCGAGGUGGAGCAUCGCGAGAUCCAGCAGCUGGUGGGCGACGACCCCCAGCGCUGCGCCUACUUCGAGAUCUCGGCCAAAAGGAACAGCAGCCUGGACCAGAUGUUCCAGGCGCUCUUCACCAUGGCCAAGCUGCCGAGCGAAAUGAGCCCGGACCUGCACCGCAAGGUGUCGGUGCAGUACUGCGACGUGCUGCACAAGAAGAUGCUGCGGAACAAGAAGAUGCUACGAGCCGGCAGUGGCGGCAGCGACCCUGGAGACGCCUUCGGCAUCGUGGCGCCCUUCGCGCGCAGGCCCAGCGUGCACAGCGACCUCAUGUACAUCCGUGAGAAGGCCAGCGGCGGCAGCCAGGCCAAGGACAAGGAGCGCUGCGUCAUCAGCUAGGGGCCCCCUCAACCCCUUACGACAGAACCUGAGGAGGACCUUUUGUUUAAGUCAAAGCUGAUGUCCCGGCCAGACCUGUGCACCCCAUGUCACUUAAGCGCAUGGACUGGUGUCUUCCCUCCCCGCCACCAGGGCCUUACCAACUGGGGAGGUGAAAACGAACCGAGAAGGGACAGUCAACUGCUCUGGAAGGAAAGAGAACUGGCGUUUACUGGGACAGACCCCCUCUAAUUGCCCACUGGGGCCCACCUCCCCUAUGACUUGGGAUGGUGGUGGGGGUACAGGCCCAGCAGAGGUGGACUUGUCUUGUUUCUCAUGAAGACCUAAGAAGAGGGGUGGUAUGGAAGUCGAUUAGCCACUGUUAGGCUCUGGGAAACCCAUCCUGCCCACUGGAGGCUUAAGACAAACAGGGCAUUAUCUUGUCUAUACUUCUGAGUUGCCACGAGAGCUGGCGAAAGCCUCUGCCCUCCUAAAACUAAGAGGGCGUGGGACAAAUCAUAACCACGUGACUUGUUUACAUAUGUGUGUGUGUGAAAUUGCACAAAGGAAAAACAAAACGUAAAACUUGCACUUUAACAGUUCUGAUGUCAUGAACAAAAUCUUAUCCAGGUUUUAUAGUGUGUGUGACAGUCUCUAAAGUUAUUGUUAUUGGUUUUUUAAUAUAAAAUAAAAUAAUUUAAAAUGGAAAA